AAAGCAAUGAUAGCAAAUAUGGAGGAAUCCGAACAGUGCUUAGAAUCUGCACCGAAGCGUAGCCGUUCAGAACAGAAUAUCGAAGAAUUCAAUAACUGGCCAUCAAAUGUUGACGGCAGCGGUGAUCCCAGUUCCAAAGAAAACGAACAGAGUUCAUCUAUUAGCUGUAGCAUUAGCAGUGGAGCUGAUUGUAUUGACACUAAGGCCAACAGCGCUAGUGUCAGCAUGAAUAAAAACAGCGCUGAUAGUGGUUUGGACAUGAUUUUCGGGUCCGAAAUGCCUGCAAAUUUGCUAAACAAGCCUUUGGCAAAUGAAACCCAAAAAAAUGAUCACAUCCAGUCAAAAACUUGUGCUGUGAUGACCGAAAAUACAUCUGUUCCUGAAAAAAAUCUGAACGGAGAUGCUCUUGAAGUUGAAGAAGGCGAUAAGGCUACAGGUUCAAUGUUUGCGAAAAAACGUCAACUACGCAAUCGUAAUCGUAAUUAUCGUUGUGCCAAAAAACGUUCGUCUUCUUUAUCAUUAUCAUCGUCGCCAUCGUCAUCUACGUCAUCUCUACUUAAAUCCGAUAUCGAUUGGCUGUUUCGUUCAACUGAAGAACAACCAAAGAAGAAAACUGAAGAAAACUUGAAUGGUGAAGGUGACACUUUGCAAUUAGAUGAUAAUGAAUUGCCACACUGGGAAACAUCAAGUAAUAGUGCUCGUGAAGCGGACGAUUCUAGCAGCGGUUCUUCCUCUAGUUCAAAUGACAGCGAUUCUGGUAAUCCGUUCUCUGUUUUUGUAACGCGCUCUGAUUCGGAAGGAGAUACUAAUGAGUUUUCGGCAUCGCUGGUUUCGCCUUCCGACUUGGACCGCGAAGAUAAAAAAAAGAAAUUUAAAUCUUUGCUUACAAAACCGAAACCGUCAUACAAUUGGAAUUCCACGUACGAAUUAAUGCGCCGCGAAAGUGGUUUACGAGGGGAUGGUAGAGGAUCAUUGCGUGGCGGCAUGGGGGAAAGUUUCGCAGUUCGUUAUUAUGCUUCUCGUCAUGUCGUAGAACGCAUGAAGUUUUCGCAUGCUCUACAUAAACACAGCGGUUGUGUGAAUUGUUUAAAUUUUAAUAGAGCGGGAAAUUUAUUAGUUACUGGUUCGGAUGAUUCCCGGCUUAUAGUCUGGGAUUGGGCUCACAGCAAAACGAAAUAUGUGUGGAAAUCAGGACAUACCGCCAGCAUAUUUCAGUCCAAGUUUAUACCAAGCAAUGGUUGUAUAGAUGUCGUGUCGGUCGGUCGAGAUGCUCAGGUGCGCCGUUCAAUUGUACCGACGUCAGGUGGGACAAUUCAAACCUCUUGUCUGUACUCACAUCGCGGCCCAGUGCAUAAAUUUGUCUUAUGUCCUCAAAAUCCUUCAGAGAUUAUAAGCGUUGGAGAAGAUGGUUAUAUACUUGGAAAAGAUUUACGUUCAGAUGAAUCGCAUUAUGAAAUGUUGCAGGUAACGUCAGAUUCACUGUGUAAAUAUGCGAGAAAACUAAGCCUCUACAGUAUUUCUCAUCAUCCGUAUGCGCCUGAAAUUUGUGUUAGUGGCUGUGAUAAUUUUGUACGUGUGUAUGACAAACGAAAUAUGAAAAAUAAUCCGAUACAUAUGAUGUGUCCAGAGCGUUUGCUCGAUUAUGCUAGUAUUCCCUCGGUAACCUCUUGCGUUUAUAAUAAUACAGGUACUGAGAUUUUGGCCACCUAUAGCGAUGAGAAUAUAUAUUUGUUCAAUAAUUUGUGCUAUGAAAAAGGAACAUUUCUUCAUUGUUAUAAAGGACACGUUAAUCAGCAGACCAUAAAAGGUGUAAAUUUCUUUGGUCCUAAUUGUGAAUAUAUAAUCAGUGGCAGUGAUUGUGGCAACAUAUAUUACUGGGAUAAAAAUACUGAAGCUAUACUCAAUUUUAUGCCGGGCGAUGUUGUCGGCGUGAUUAACUGUUUGGAACCGCAUCCAUCUGUACCUAUACUGGCAACUUCUGGAUUAGAUGAUAGUAUUAAAAUUUGGACACCUAGUGCUGAAACAUAUCCGCCUGACUUAGCAGAUUUAAAAAAUUGUGUCUUUCGCAAUAUGACAUGUACCACGUUUGAAGAUAUCGACGCUAUAGGAUUCGAUCAUGGACUAUUCCAUUUCUUUACACCACACUAUUCCUGUUGUCGUCGUGGCCUUGCUCAUGCUACUCGUAGAGGUGGCAGCAAUGAGCGUCGUAACCGUACAAACGAUGAAGCUUCUACCCGCAGCACUGAUGAUACCAGUUCAGAUAAUCAAAAUGAGGGCAGCGAUGAUGUUCAUAGCACGACCUGCAGUCCACAAUAAAUUUUUCCUUUUGUUUCUCAUGAUGCUGAAGUUAAACAAUAUUUACGUUGCAUUUACUUUUUUAUGAAUUUUGAUUGCUUUUGUGAGCACUCGUUUUAUAUCCACUACUAAUCCAUU